UUUAUGCUGAAAAAGGACGAAAAGUCAAAAUAAAUAUCAUUUUAAAGAAAAGUUUGGUUAUGUUGUCCAAAAUAAAUGAAGAUCAAUUUUGACAGGUAGUGUCUUGGCAAGGGAAAAAUCGUGAUUUAAGGAUUUUAAAGUAAAGUGCAUAUGAAUUUUACAUACCAUCGUAAAGAGAUUUUUAGAGUUAACCUUUAAAGAGUGCAUAAACAAGUCUACCACACACGUAAAUCUGAAGAAAUUCGGACAAUUUACCACCGGAGUGGAGAAAGUGCAGAUUCCCUAAUUAAAAGUACAGGGAAGAAUGCAUAAUUACUGAAUAAUUACACUAAAACACAUUUAUCUAUUUUAAUAAUUUUAAAUAACAUGUUUUUAUUUUCUUAUAAAUUACUAAAAAAACAACAAUUUACAAUUUUAAGAUUUUACAAAACAAAUAGCGUUAGAGUUAGAUUCGCUCCUAGUCCUACAGGGUAUUUGCAUCUGGGGGGGCUCAGGACAGCUCUGUACAAUUUCUUAUUUGCCAGAAGCCAAAAGGGUAAAUUUAUUUUGCGCAUUGAAGAUACCGACCAAACAAGGCUAGUAGAGGGAGCCACUGAACAGUUGCAAAAUGAUUUGCAUUGGUGUGGGGUUCAGGUUGAUGAGGGCCCCACUAAAAGGGGCAAAUAUGGCCCAUAUGUGCAGUCGCAACGUUUAGAACUAUAUAGAGACCAAGUUGAAAUACUAUUAGAAAAUGGUUCAGCUUAUCGCUGCUUUUGCAGUGAUAAACGUUUACAAUUACUUAGAAAAGAGGCUAUACGGGCUCAAGAAGUGCCCAAAUACGACAAUAGAUGUCGAAAUUUAACAAAAGAAGAAAUAAAAAUGAAGCUAGACAAGGGAGAGCCUUCUUGUAUAAGAUUUAAAUUAAGCUCCGAUGAGGACACAUUUACCGAUUUAAUAUACGGUCAAAUUACCUACAAUGUGUAUUUAAAUGAGGGCGACCCGGUUAUAAUGAAAACAGAUGGAUUUCCAACAUACCAUUUCGCCAAUGUAGUGGACGACCAUUUUAUGGAAAUCAGUCAUGUUUUUAGAGGAGUAGAAUGGCAAAUUUCCACAAUGAAACACAUCUUACUGUAUCGGGCGUUUAGUUGGACUCCGCCCAUUUUUGGCCAUUUGCCGCUUCUUUUAAAUGCAGAUGGUACGAAAUUAAGUAAAAGACAGGGCGAUAUAAAAAUAAGUUCUUAUAAGGAAGAAAACAUUUUUCCUUUGGCUUUGGUAAAUUUUAUAGUUCAGUCAGGAGGUGGUUUUUCUAAAGAUUUAGAAAAAAAUGUCAGGCCAAAGUGCCAUACAAUAGAAGAACUAGCCAGUCAGUUUGAUAUUACUAAAUUAAAAAAUCAUUCUGGUAGACUUAUGCCUGAAAGGCUGUUGGAAUUUAAUAGGUUGGAGUUAAAAAGAAGACUUGAGAAUAAAGUUGAGGAAAUCCAACUAAUCAUACAACUUCAACAUAUGCUCAAAACUAAAUAUUCUGAAAGAAUAAUUGAAAAUACGCUGCAAAUGGAUGCUGCACAUAUAAAAAAUAUAUUAAAUUGGUCUGUAAACAGAAUAGAUAAAUUAUCAGAUUUAUUCUCAAAGGAUUUUGAAUUUAUUUGGGUGAUACCAAAAAAAUUGAAUGUGGAAAAAAGUAAACUUGAAUCAAUAGGUUUGUUUAGAAGCAAAUUUGAGAAGGAAAAUGAAUUAGAUAGAGAUGAAUUAAACAAAUUCUUGAAAGAAUUUACCAUGGAAAAUGGUAUUAAAUUUGGAGAAUUCAUGAAAAUGUUGAGAAGCAUUUUAAGUGGCCUGAAGGAGGGCCCAAGUGUAGCGGAAAUGAUCGAAAUCCUGGGAAAAAAGAACACACUACAAAGAUUGGAAAUUUGUUUAAAUAAAACGCAAAGCUGAGAUAAAUAUAUUUAAUAUCAAUUUUAUAAGUAUACAUUUUUAAAAUCACAAACUUAUAAGUUUUAUAAAAAAAAACACAAAAUAAAUUAAGUCUUAACCCUUUUGCUGAACAAAACAGGAUCGUAAGCGUAAAAUAUUAAGGAGAAUAAUAAAAAUGUUACCUACAUGUAUUAUGUGUUAUUAUUAAAAUUAUUUUAAAACGAAUCUGAGGUUAAACAUUUAAGUACC